AUGGCUAGCAACGAUCCCAAACCAGACUCCACUACGAACAACAAGGCAGAAAAUGAAGGCGACGCUCUGCAGACACAGCGCAUGCGAUAUUGUUACACCAAGGACGCAUGCAUUAGGCUGCAGAAUCCUUCGGAUGAUGCUCGCGCCGACGUGACAGCGGCCGUCGAAGAGCUCUUGAACUCACUGUCUAACAAGUUUGCGGGCGUCUCCUCAGAGAUCUUUGCAAAGAUGGAUGAAAUGUCUCGAAGGUUAGACAACCUUGAAGCAGCUCUCCAAGAGAAUAAGUCCCAGGAUGGAGGCGCAGCCAAGCCAUCAUGA